GAGCGGUACUACAGUUUUAAAAGAAAUUAUCUAAGAGAAACUUCGUAUAUUUUUCAAAAAAAGAAAAAAAAAAACAACAACAACGAGUUGACUUUUUAUUUAGUUAAUUGUUUUGUUUUUAAAUUUAGUUUAUUUUUUUAAUGAUUUCUAUUUAGUCAGAAUAGUAGUUUAAUAGAUAAAAAGAAGAAGAAUUGCAUGGUUAUACCUGUGGUGUUGUUAGUUCUCUGUUUUCUCCUUGUUAUUUCUCCACGUUGUGUGUCCUUUUCCCUGGGACUUUGUUGUUAAGUUUUUUUGUGUGUGUGUGUUUGUUUUAUUGUUGUGUUUCGCGAAAUUUAAAAAAAAAAUCAAAAUAUGGAAUCUUCAAACGGAAGUUCAGCUCAGUGUUUAACAACAACAUCCGCCAGUACGACAACAAAUGCCUCUACAGCCACCUCCUCCGCCGCCUCAAUAACAUCGUUGUCCACACCAUUGGCUUUGACAACAACAUCAUCUUCAUCGCUAUCCGCCUCUGCCUGUUCCACACCGGCCACAAUUAGCAGUAGCUGUGGCAGCCUUGCCACAAAUCUAACAGCUGCCGCUGCCUCAUUUCCACAACAACAACAUACCCCACUUUUGCAAAUUCUACCUUUGGAUACCGGCAAACAGGAUGACAGCAAUAAUUUGUCCUUGGCCAGUGGCAUAUCGGAGGGUCAACGUUCCCUCUCGGCAGCACCGUCGGCAUCAUCCAGCCCCAUACUGAGUCCGCCGAAUAAGAUUUUUGGACGCAAUGCAAAUGGCACAAUGGUGGCUACUUCUCGUCCCAACAAUGAGGCCGAAGUUCAGCUGUAUCGUGUCCUCCAGAAAGCCAGUCUCUUGGCCUACUAUGACACCUUAUUGGAAAUGGGUGGCGAUGAUGUACAGCAAUUGUAUGAGGCUGGCGAGGAGGAAUUUUUGGAAAUUAUGGCCCUGGUGGGUAUGGCCUCAAAGCCAUUGCAUGUUAGACGCCUGCAGAAGGCCCUACAUGAAUGGGCCCUGAAUCCCAGCCAAUUUCAGCAACCUCUCAAUCACAAUGCUGGUCAAUUUGAAACUCCUGCCAAAUCGAGCACUGCUAUAUACAAUGCUGAGCUUUCUCGUUCUCCUGGACCCAUACGUCCCAAAUAUCCAACAUUCAAUCCCAAUGCCCCCUUUAAUCCCACACCCUUGGUUAGUACGGUGGCUCCUGGUGCCACGGCCUCUGCCUCUGCCCAUCUGUUAUCACAAAUUUGUUCCCUACCUCCCUUGCCUGCCCAUAAUCCCGUCACCAGCCAUGUUUUGCCUCCCUCCUCCCUAAGCCACCCCACCGAAAGACCUCAAGCCUUAGGCAAUAUACCCCAAAUGCCAGGUAAUGCUGGAGUUGGUUCAAACACCUCCCACCAGGUUACCUCCAGCUCUCCCCAACUAACACCGGUUCUCAGUGAAAUGCAGGUUGCUCGCAUCACCAUGGGUGCUGAGAAAAUUGCCUCUCAGUUGCCACAACGUGAGCCGCGUGCCCAUACCUCCAAGAAACGUACCAGCCGUGAGCUGGAACAGGUCAUGGCCAUGAGUGAAAAUGAUCCACGACGCAUGGAUGAAAUUCGUAAGUAUUCUGCCAUAUAUGGUCGCUUCGAUUGCAAACGUCGUCCCGAGAAACCAUUAACCCUGCACGAGGUCUGCGUAAAUGAGGCCGCUGCUCAAUUGUGUCGUUUGGUGCCGGCCCUUUUAACACGCCGAGAUGAGUUGUUUCCCUUGGCCCGACAAAUUGUUAAGGAUGCUGGUUUUGGCCAUUCCGCCUCUAUUGCCCGUUAUGGUAAUUUAUUGACCCAAAUGGUUGGCGCCACUCAAAAUGCCUCCGGGCAAAUUCGUUCGGCCUCGUCAAUGCUUGAAUGCGAAUCGAAUGAAACGAAUAACUCCACACCAAACAAACGUCAGAGAUUGGCAUCUUCGGAUGCUAGUUUGUCGUUAGCCGAUAGUAAUCGGGAUUCGGUGGAGGAUCCACGUUACAACCUGUUUGCCAUGUACCAGAAAUUUGCAGCAAAGCCUCCCUUUGAUUUGGCCGAUAUUGCAAAAUUCACUUUAACAAAACCCAAUGAUUUGGAUGACCAAGACCAGGAAUCGCGAUUUUCAUUUAGCAAUUCCAGUUCGCCGCCUUCUAUGCCAAACAAUGGACCGGAAGAGGAUCGUAAUGUCAGUUGCCUGGAUAAAUUGCUGCUGAAAUCCAAUGAUUGUGUCAACAACAAUAACACCCUACUCGAUUUACAGUCAAGUAGUAUGGGCUCACCGACACCUUCGUCAACCACAAAUCGACUGGUGGAGGACCGAAGUUCAACUCCCACAAAAACCCGUCCCAUGUCUGGCGAUGUUCAAGUGAUAUCGGCGGCUGGUGGUCAUAUCAUUGCUGUGGCAAAUCCUGCCUUGGCCUUAAGUCCCACAAUGCAAGAGGCUAUACAUUUGAAACGGGAAACAUCAUCGCCGGAUACAUAAACCUACAUCAAUAAUAUAGUUGAGAAUGUGUGCGUGUGAAUAAAUAUCGCAUUCGAUUAGGAGAACAAUGUGCAAUUUGUAAAAUAAUAAUAGAAUGAAAUAUGUAUUUCAUAGAAGUAUGGCCAACAAGUAAUUUAUAGUACUGUGAUUAAUAAAUAUUAGAAAUAAUAUUAAAAGCAUUGCAACAGAAAAUGAC